GGAGGGGAGGCUGCCGCUUCUUGUCAAGCCACGGAAAUCUGGGCUGGAGUUUGGGAACGUCGCGUCGCAGGGAGGAACCGGCCCCGGGGGAAAGUCGGCGGCAGCAGCAUCUUCUUUCUGCGGAUGUCCCUACCGAGCUCUACAUGGUUCCAGAGAGAGAAGGCUCCAUGCAUUUCUGCCCUACCUGCCCUUCUACCUGCUUCUUCUUCAGACAGUGAUUCUGGCUGUGCCCUGGAAGAUUACAUAGGACUUGCUACAGAAAUCCCCCCGGCAGAGGUGGCAAUACACUUUGGUUCUCAGUCGUUCAAUGCAGUCCCUGCUACCUUUCCAAAUCGGCUCCACAUCAGAGCUCUUCUUCAGCAACUGCCACCACAAGACUGCAAUGAGAAAUACUGCCCGUCCAUUGGGGAAGAGGAAAGGGAGCAGCUGCGAACAUUUGCUGCACAGCGGCGGCAGGAAUCACUGGGCCAGGGUGUUACAUGCUUGGUAUCUUCUACAACCCAUGGCUGUUUCUGCAAAAAGUGUGGUAAGAAGAUAAACACAGGUGAACAGGGUAUUUUGGCAUCCAAACUGGGAGAGCAGUGCUGCUGGCAUCCAGCCUGCUUUGUCUGUCACAUCUGUCUUCAGCCUCUUGUGGAGCUCAUCUACUUUCAUCGGGAUGGGAAAAUCUACUGCGGACGACAUCAUGCAGAAUUCUUCCGUCCACGGUGUGCUUCAUGUGAUCAGCUGAUCUUCACCUUGGAGUGCAUGGAGGCUGAAGGCCUGUGCUGGCAUGAAGAGCACUUCUGCUGCCUGGAGUGUGACUUGCCCCUGGGGGCACGGCGGUAUGUUAUGAAGGGUGGCCAGCCCUACUGCUGUGCCUGUUUCGAGAGUCUUUAUGCAGAUGUCUGUCAAGCCUGUGGAGAGAUUAUUGGUGUUGACAGUGAGCAGGCCAGCCUCCAAGGUCAGCACUGGCAUGCCACAGGCUCCUGUUUCUGCUGCAGCCUUUGCAAGAAAGCAUUACUAGGCCAGCUGAUCACAACUCGCUGUGGCCUUCUGUUUUGUUCUGAGGCCUGCAGCUUGGAGAAGGAGUCAGCGCUGUCAUCCACAGGCUCAGAUUCCUCAGACUCUGCUUUCAUCUCAGCUCCUUCCCCCGACUCCACACCCAUAUCUAGAGCCAAAAACAGAAGCCCAAGUUGCUCCUUUGCAGCACCAAGAACCAACAGUGAUGCAUGUGAACAAACGGCAGAAGUAACAGAACGGCUACAUACAUCUGGGAAUUCCUCAUCCCUCCUUCCAGAGUUCACCAGCAAGGAGGAGGAAGUUGUUUUCAGGAACAAAUCAGUCUCCCCUCAGCUUGACGAACUUGAACCACUAGCUGAUUCUCCACAUCCUCUAGAAGUAGAGCAGAGCUCCAUCCAAGAGGACACUCUCCCACAGGCAUCCUGGCAACAGGUUGGAGACGACCACUCUAGAAGCUGUCUCUCCACAGCCUUGGAUGCAUCGGCACUGAUCAUGGACUUUCCAGAGGGGCUGGGUGGAGCUGGCACUGGUGAGCUGGAACCUGUGCAGGAACAAGAUGACACUUGGUGCCCUACUUGCUCAUCAUCUUCCGAUUCUGACUCUGAGCCAGAGGGCUUCUUUUUCGGGACACCAAUCCCAAAGCCUGGGUCCAGGCAUCUUGCUCUCCCCACUACGGAGCAGCAGGCACUUGGCAAAGGAGGAGGACGGGCAGCCAGAGCAAGCAGCAAACACUGCAGUAUCUCCUAGCUCCUGGGGGAAGCUACCAGAGACCCGGAAAGAGUCAGGCAAAAGAAGAAAGGGUAGCAUCACAAGCAGACAUUUAUGUAGCAAGGUGUGAACAGAGAGGAGAAGAAAAAGCCCUCUUCCUACAAGUAUGAAGUGAGAGAUUUAACAAGUCCAGGCUAGCUGACUCGGGAAGGAAAGGUGGUAUGUGUGCGCUUUAACAGCAGGCUUGGGAAGCAGGACUUUCAGGGGCGCAGAGUUUGCAUUUCUGUAAUUCAGUCAAGCUGUGUACUUCAGAGUUUUGCAAACAACUGCAUCCACUAGACAGUUUUUAAAAAUGCACAACCGAGUCUGCUGCUAUUUAAGGCAUGAUGCUUGCUUUUGGUAGUGGCACCUUUUGACAUAAUUUAACAACAGAACAAGCUAACUGGGGAUGGAAAAGCUCAUGGACAUGAAUAUAUACCCCUCAUACUAAUGGAGGGGGGGGGGAAGGAACAUUUAUUUGAAAACCAGAGGUUUAUCAGCUUGUCCAGUAAGGCCCAGUAUUUUGUUGAAAUGUGAAUACCUGCAGAGGCUGGGGAACACAACUUGGAAGUCUUUGAGCCCAGUCAGCAGUAACUUUUCAAUGUUUGCACCUACCGCAUUUGCCUCUCUGACUGGAAGCUCUCUGCUGCUCCCUGCUGGUAGCACAGCACAGCCAGAGUGAAACAAAUCCUCUUGGAAUAUCAGUACAUAUAAGAUGGACUUCAGUGUGGAGAAUGUGAAAUAAAAUGACCUCACUACCUGUACUUUAAUAUUCUGUAUAGACUCUCAGCCUCCUAACUUACAUGCAUUCAGAAGGGGGAGAGAGAAAUAGAUUAAUGAUGGCAGCCUUAAAAAGAUGCUAAAAUAUUAUUACACAAUUGUAACCUUAAUUGUCAGAGCUUGUAUC